AUGAUGAGAGAGUUGAAGAACGAAGAAAUCAACACCUUUCAGACCUCCUCGACGCCCACCAGGCCCGGCCGACCGAAGUCCGACACCAUAACCAGGUCAAGAUCAUCACCACUCCCUGGACAACCGCGCGGUGACGCAGACACCGCCGAAGCAGCACGCGUGACACACGGGUCGUCGAGGCGGGAGUCCAAACGGUUUCACUUUAGGGCAUCGAGGACAUGGCAGUCAUCAGCAAGGGUGGAGAUUCUGUGGCUCUUUUAA